AUGCUAACCACACUUACCCUAGACAUUAUUUCUAGGAUAUCCAUCGGGAAGAGGUAUUCGGAAGAGAAAUGUGGGAGUAAUCUACAUGAAACGGUCGGGGAAUUUACGGAGCUACUAGCGACAUUUAACGUCGGUGAUUACAUUCCAUGGCUCGGAUGGAUUAAUCGCAUCAAUGGUCUGGAGUCAAGAGUGAAUAGGGUGGCUAAAGAGUUGGAUGCAUAUUUUGACGCUGUAAUUGAAGAAGGAAUAUUCCGGAGGCGGUCGGAGGCGCCCGAGACGAUUAAUGCGGACGAAAACCAGCAGAAUUUCGUGGAUGUCUUGCUGGAUAUCCGACACAAAAUUGCCGCUGGAUUAGCUCUUCAACGUGAUUCACUUAAAGCUACUGUCUUGGACAUGUUCGCUCCUGGAACGGACACGACAUCUACGCUAUUAGGGUGUGCAAUGUCCGAAUUAGUAAAAAAUGAAAAUGUUAUGACUAAACUAGAAGAUGAAGUGAGAGAAUCAAGCCACACUAUCAAUAUCAUGGGAUAUGAUAUUCCUGCUGGCACCCAAGUGUUGACCAAUAUUUUUGCAAUUGGAAGGAGCGAUUCUUUGUGGGAAAAUGCUGAUGAUUUUCAACCCGAAAUAUUCUUGGACACUUCCAUUGACGUAAAAGGACAACAUUUUGAGUUGCUCACUUUUGCUUACGGAAGGAGAAGUUGUCCAGGAAUUGCAUUUGCCUUGGUAGUAGCUGAAGGUGCCUUCGCGAACCUAAUACUUAGAUUUGAUUUUGCAUUGCCCGAUGGAGCAAACUUGGAGGAUUUAGAGGUGAAUGAAGUUCCUAGUAGUAUUGUUAGAAGGAAGAAUCCUUUGAUUCUUGAGGCAACUUUUACCUAUAUUUAG